CCUACAUUCCUCGAGACCAUCAACCUCAACCCAGGAUCCGAAAACCCACAAGCCAUCUUCCAAUCUCUAUUCCUCCGCCACAGAAAACCUGCAAACCCUCAGAAAUGCAUCUCACCACUUUUCUCCCCGUCCUCCUCCUCUCCUUCUCGGCGACCACUCUGGCCCAAAAAUGCAACACCGACCACAACCUCAAAUGCUGCAAGGUCCGAGAUUCGCUGGCCGACGGUGCGGUCACCGACGUGACGGAUGCAGCGGGUGUGGCGCUCGACCCGGAGUUGCUAGGGCUUGUGGGCGCUGAUUGUGACACGGUUUCAACAGCGACGGACUGUGAUGUUGCGCGGGGAUAUGCACUGGCGUGUUGUGCCGGGGGCUCGGGAGACGACGCGGCUGCGGUAUGUCAGAAGCCGAUUCCGGGACAGACGGGUAAGGCAGUGGAUGAGGCUUCAGGCAAGGCCUCGGACAUGGCGGGGGAGAAGGGGGUGGAGGAGGGCAAGCGCUGAGUAAUACAUGGUUUGAUGUCCAAUAGACAGGAGUGCAGGCAUAUUUCGCGUGCUGGAAUAAGACCCCCAACUCUCAAUGGAUUAGAAGAUAAUUGCUAUCCUAUCUGUCAUAGCGGCUCAUAAAAUAGCCCCCUAAGCAAUGCUUCAAGACAGAUCACCUCGUCAGCUGCGAUAAAAGUCAAUCAUAUUCGCCUCUGCAUCUUAUGACAUGAGAG